ACGGCUCCCUCGUGCCCUGUACUGUUGAAAAAUCGCAAAUGCACCCUCUGCUAUCAACCGAACUUAACUAAAUAACGGAGGUUCGAUGAAGACAGGGCUUUAGUCGGGUUUCUAUUUGCCUCAAAGCUUUCCUUAAGCAAGUGUCGAGUGGGUUUGCCUUUCGACAAUGGCUCGGUCCACUCAGACUCAUCAAGAAAAAGCUCAGCUUUCAGUUACAGGAUUCCAUCACCAGAGAGUUGUAAUACAUAAUAAGCACGGUGAGAAGCUUUUGGGUAUUUUGCAUGAAACGGGUUCAAAGGAGCUUGUUAUUGUUUGCCAUGGCUUUCAAUCCUCAAAGGAUCGUAUCCCCAUGGUGAGCGUUGCAGCUGCCCUAGAGAGAAAUGGAAUUAGUGCCUUCCGCUUUGACUUUGCAGGGAAUGGGGAAAGUGAAGGGUCCUUUCAAUAUGGUAACUACCGCAGGGAAGCUGAGGAUUUACGUGCUGUAGUCCAAUACUUUCGAAGGGAGGAACGUGCAAUAAGUGCAAUUAUUGGGCACAGUAAAGGAGGAAAUGUGGUGCUUUUGUAUACUUCAAAGUAUAACGACAUAUGUACAGUUGUCAAUAUUUCUGGUCGGUUUCAUCUAGAGAGAGGCAUUGAAGGUCGAUUGGGUCAAGGAUAUUUACAAAGAAUCAAGCAGCAUGGAUUUAUAGAUGUUAAGAAUAGAACGGGGAAGUUUCAGUAUCGUGUGACUGAAGAAAGUUUAAUGGACCGCCUAACUACUGAUAAUCUUGCAGCAUGCCUGACAAUUCACCUAGACUGCAGGGUGUUGACUGUUCAUGGAUCUAUGGAUAGAAUUGUACCUGUAGAUGAUGCUUUGGAGUUUGACAAGCUCGUACCAAAUCAUAAACUACAUAUCAUAGAAGGAGCUGAUCAUGAGUACACUUCACAUCAAGAUGAGUUAGCGACUGCUGUACUCAACUUUCUAAGGGUAAAUGGUCAAGAAAGCAACAUCCCCAAAGAGUCUUCGUCUUGCAGAAAAGCUGUUAAUAUCAUAAAUUCAAAACUUUGAUAGUCUGAUAGUUCCCUGGUAGCUGCAAUAAUCUAGUCACAUGGGAAGUGGGGAAAAUUGGGUUGAAAGCUGUCAAUCAAAUAACUGGGAUGUCAAAUUCAUCUAUACAAUGGAAGUUGUGGACUGCUUGAAUGGCAAAGCUUUAGAUUUUCUAGCGCAUGGCCAUGAUGUUUUUCAAUUGGAAACUCAAUGAAUGUGCGAUUCAAAUGAUCAUAGAGAUUGUGAUUUUAUGAUUACAAAUGUUAUAUGGAAGUUUCAAGUUUACUUUCUUAAAAGAAGAAAUCAGUCAUGUUUUAAUGUAAAGGGCUCACCUUUAGUAAUCAAUUUGAACUGUUAUCUUGUUAA